CCGAGGCCCGCGCCUGCGUAGUGCGCGCGGGAGGGGCGGGGCUGGGCGGCAGGUCCCGGGUGCGGGCAGCGGGCAGCUGGUAGUGGGCGGCGUAGACCACUGCAGCAGCGAUGACGGAGGGCACGUGUCUGCGGCGCCGAGGGGGCCCCUACAAGACCGAGCCCGCCACCGACCUCGGCCGCUGGCGACUCAACUGCGAGAGGGGCCGGCAGACGUGGACCUACCUGCAGGACGAGCGCGCCGGCCGCGAGCAGACCGGCCUGGAAGCCCACGCCCUGGGGCUGGACACCAAGAAUUACUUUAAGGACUUGCCCAAAGCCCGCACCGCCUUUGAGGGGGCUCUGAACGGGAUGACAUUUUACGUGGGGCUGCAGGCUGAGGAUGGGCACUGGACGGGUGAUUAUGGUGGCCCACUUUUCCUCCUGCCAGGCCUCCUGAUCACUUGCCACGUGGCUCGCAUCCCUCUGCCAGCCGGAUACAGAGAAGAGAUUGUGCGGUACCUGCGGUCAGUGCAGCUCCCCGACGGUGGCUGGGGCCUGCACAUUGAGGAUAAGUCCACCGUGUUUGGGACUGCGCUCAACUAUGUGUCUCUCAGAAUUCUGGGUGUUGGGCCUGACGAUCCUGACCUGGUACGAGCCCGGAACAUUCUUCACAAGAAAGGUGGUGCUGUGGCCAUCCCCUCCUGGGGGAAGUUCUGGCUGGCUGUCCUGAAUGUUUACAGCUGGGAAGGCCUCAAUACCCUGUUCCCAGAGAUGUGGCUGUUUCCUGACUGGGCACCGGCACACCCCUCCACACUCUGGUGCCACUGCCGGCAGGUGUACCUGCCCAUGAGCUACUGCUACGCCAUUCGGCUGAGUGCCGCAGAAGACCCGCUGGUCCAGAGCCUACGCCAGGAGCUCUAUGUGGAGGACUUCGCCAGCAUUGACUGGCUGGCGCAGAGGAACAACGUGGCCCCCGACGAGCUGUACACGCCGCACAGCUGGCUGCUGCGUGUGGUAUAUGCGCUCCUCAACCUGUAUGAGCGCCACCACAGUGCCCACCUGCGGCAGCGGGCCGUGCAGAAGCUGUAUGAACACAUUGUGGCGGACGACCGAUUCACCAAGAGCAUCAGCAUCGGCCCGAUCUCGAAAACCAUCAACAUGCUUGUGCGCUGGUAUGUGGACGGGCCCGCCUCCACUGCCUUCCAGGAGCACGUCUCCAGAAUCCCGGACUAUCUCUGGAUGGGCCUUGACGGCAUGAAAAUGCAGGGCACCAACGGCUCACAGAUCUGGGACACCGCAUUCGCCAUCCAGGCUCUGCUUGAGGCGGGUGGGCACCACAGGCCCGAGUUUUCGUCCUGCCUACAAAAGGCGCAUGAGUUCCUCAGGCUCUCGCAGGUCCCAGAUAACCCUCCCGACUACCAGAAGUACUACCGCCAGACGCGCAAGGGUGGCUUCUCCUUCAGUACGCUGGACUGUGGCUGGAUCGUUUCUGACUGCACGGCUGAGGCCUUGAAGGCUGUGCUGCUCCUGCAGGAGAAGUGUCCCUAUGUCACCGAGCACAUCCCCCGAGAACGGCUGUGCGAUGCUGUGGCUGUGCUGCUGAACAUGAGAAAUCCCGAUGGAGGGUUCGCCACCUACGAGACCAAGCGUGGGGGGCACUUGCUGGAGCUGCUGAACCCCUCAGAGGUCUUCGGGGACAUCAUGAUUGACUACACCUAUGUGGAGUGCACCUCGGCCGUGAUGCAGGCACUUCAGUAUUUCCAAAAGCAUUUCCCGGACCACAGGGCAGCAGAGAUCAGGGAGACCCUCACGCAGGGCUUAGAGUUCUGUCGGCGGCAGCAGAGGGCUGAUGGCUCCUGGGAAGGCUCCUGGGGAGUUUGCUUUACCUAUGGCACCUGGUUUGGCCUGGAGGCCUUCGCCUGCAUGGGGCAGACCUACCAAGAUGGGACUGCCUGUGCAGCGGUCUCCCGGGCCUGUGACUUCCUGCUGUCCCGGCAGAUGGCAGACGGAGGCUGGGGGGAGGACUUUGAGUCCUGCGAGGAGCGGCGUUAUGUGCAGAGUGCCCAGUCCCAGAUCCACAACACAUGCUGGGCCCUGAUGGGGCUGAUGGCUGUUCGGCAUCCUGACGUCGAGGCCCAGGAGAGAGGAGUCCGGUGUCUGCUUGAGAAACAGCUCCCCAAUGGCGACUGGCCGCAGGAAAACAUUGCCGGGGUCUUCAACAAGUCCUGCGCCAUCUCCUACACGAGCUACAGGAACAUCUUCCCCAUCUGGGCCCUCGGCCGCUUCUCCCAGCUGUACCCUGAGAGAGCCCUUGCCGGCCGCCCCUGAGAACAUGCCUGCCUGCUGGGUGCCGUUUGUGCGUUCCCGUGAGGCCAAGGGGUCCUGGCCGGGUUGGGGAGCCCUCCCAUAACCCUGUCUUGGGCUCCAACCCCUCAACUCCCUCACAUCUCACAGAUGUGAGUCUGGGGACCAGGGUGGAGGCAGGGAUGGGGACAGGGUGGGUGGCUUAGACUCUUGAUUUUUACUGUAGGUUCAUUUCUGAGAGUAGCUUGUCGGGCUUGGGUGAGGAAGGGGGCACAGGAGCCGUGACCCCUGAGGAGGCACAGCGCCUUCCGCCACCUCUGGGCACGGCCUCCUCAAGGUAGUGAGGUUAGGAGGUGUUUUCUGACCAAUAGCUAAGUUCUUGGGAGAGGAGCAGCUGCGCCUGUGUGAUUCCUGAGUGUCAAGUGGGCUCUGGGCUGGGGUCGGCCCUGGGCAGGCUGCUCCUGCACCUUUUGUCUGCCGGGCUGAGGGACACGAGGGCAACCCUGUGACAAUGGCAUGUAGUGUGCAUCUGUGAACAGCCCAGCGCGGGGCGUGCUCAUGGAGCAUCCUGAGGCUGUGCAGCAGGGAGCCCCAUGCCCCUGGGUCGUGAGCUCGCCUGCGUAUGGGGGGGUGUCAUGGAGCCCCAUGCCCCUGGGUCGUGAGCUCACCUGCGUAUGGGGGGGUGUCAUGGAGC